ACGCUGGAUUUUUAAUAAUUUUAAUUUUUUUCUAGUUUUGCCAUUGUUUAGUGUGUUACAUAAACUAUUACGUUGUUGGUAAACCUGGUGUACCUUUGAAAUAGUUUUGAAAAUUUCAAUGGCUGUGUUAACGGUUUUGUUUACUUCUUCCCUCAGUUUUGUGUGAACAUUUAGUGUUUGUUGAGAACGACAAGAUAGAAACAAUGAACGACGAAGUGGUGAAUAUCAGGCCUUGCUACGUCCUUCUAGAGCAGUGUACCCCGAAGGCCCAACUAGCACUCAGUGCAGAGUUGAGAAAUGUUAUCAAUGAGAGGAAUAUCCUUACAUCGAAGAGCAAAGAAAAGUUCCUCUCAGCACUGGACGAGAUCAAUUCCACUGACAUCGAAACCAGAAGAAAGAAGAGGAAACACCAGGCAGUGCAGGAGAUACUCAGCAGUGAAAUGGCUUACUUGAAGCAACUGGAAAUUAUAAUGAAUUUCUUCAUGAAGCCCAUUCAGUCGAAGGGUAUUAUUGGACAGGAACAAUUCGAAAUUCUCUUUGGAAGCAUUGAUAACUUAUAUAAAGUGAAUGGAGAACUUUUGAAUGAGCUCAAGAACGAUCUGAUGAGUGUUUCAGCAGCUUUCUUCAAACUUGCACCAUUCUUCAAGAUGUACUCAGUUUAUGCAUACGACUACAAGAAUUGCUUGGAUACUUUGAAAAAUUUAUAUGAGACAAAUAAAAAGUUUACUGGAUUUCUGUUGAAUCAGGAGAGUCGCCCAGAAGUGCAAUCAAAGUUAUCAUCAUUGCUGAUAACACCGAUUCAGAGAAUUCCCAGAUACUGCAUGCUGCUUAAGCAAGUUUUGGAUAACACCAAUUGUUCUGAACCUGACUAUGAUAUUUUGAAAGAUUCCUUGAAGAAAUUGGAAGCUGUUGCAAGGCACAUAAACACUUUGGUGGAGGAAAGGGAAAACUCACAAAGACUGUUGGAAUUGCUUCGGUGCAUGAAGAAUGGUAAAGAGCUGGUUAUACAGCCAGGCAGGAAGUUAAUCAAGGAGGGAAUUUUAGUGCAAACUAUACCAAAGAGGAAUAACACUGAGAAAGUGUAUUUGGUGUUGAUGAGCGAUAUAAUAAUGCUCUGUCACAUCAGGAAGACCAAUCUGUGCAUGCCGAAUUCGCUCAAGUGUCAUUCGAUAUAUCCGCUGAAUAAAUGCAAGGUGACGCAGAAUACGAAGACGAAGAUGUUCGAGAUUACCUGCCACGACGAGAGCGUUGUGCUUCAUCAUCAAAAGGUCCAAGACACGGACGAGUGGAUCGACGUUAUAAAUUCAUCUAUUCUGAAAUGCAUCCGGAAUAGGAACACGCUGAGGAAGGGAAGUUCGUCGAGACGACCUGCCGGCAAGGACAAUCUCAGACCGUACAUGGACGUCGGCGUGAGUCCCGGCGUGAGCAGGAUAAGGAAACGCAGGCGGACGGAGGAGAACGUGGAAAGGGAAGACGGAAAGAUGAUCAGGUACGAUGACAGUUGCGACGGUGUUAAUUGCCUUCCGAUAAAGCUGUCCUGCAGGAAGUCGAUUCACAAGGAUGGAUCCGAUUGCGAGGAUAGAAAGGACAGUUUGUUUCCUCUUCGCCAUCAUUUUAGUAAAGAGAUAGACGUGGUGGGUGUAGAUGAGCCGGAUAAGGAGACACCCGAGGUCGAUCCAAGUGUGUUCGUCUUCGGCAAUGAAAACGUAAACUCUAAUCGAGGAUUCAGCUUCAGGUUGAACAGCAUUUUCAGCGGCAUCAAGCGUGCCUUUGGCUUUAAGUCUGAUCAGUAAAAUUAUAAUUAUAUUUUAUGAUUGACAUACAUUAUAUGUAUUAUAUUUAUUACUUGUAUACACUGUGCAUAAUCUAUAUAUGUAUUAUUAUUAUUUAUUUGGAAAUAUAUUUCUAUUAUCUGCAUUCUGUUCCAAUCGUUGGAAAUUAAAAAGAUUUUAUUUGUCUUCUCUUUCAAUGCGUUACUUCUUGUUAAUAUAUUUAAGGUU